AUGCCUGUGUUGAGCGUGUCCAAUGCCGAGGAAUAUCAAAAUUUGAUUAAUGCCGACCGGACAACGGCGGCGCUGUUUGCCGCCGAUUGGGCCGAGCAGUGUGCUCAGGUCAAAGAUGUAUUAGAAGAACUGUCGAAAUUGCUAGGUGACAAACUGCAAUUCAUUAGCCUAAAUGCCGAACAAUUCCCAGAGAUUUCCAUGAAGCAUCAAAUUGAAGCCGUUCCCACAGUUAUUUUCUUUGCCAAGGGCUCCGCUGUGGAUCGUGUGGACGGUGUGGACGUUGCCGCUAUCAGUAGCAAAUCUAAGAAGUUGGCCGAGAGUGCAAGCAGUGCGGCAGCCACGGGGCAAUCACUGGAUGACCGCUUAAAGGCCUUGGUCAAUACGGCUCCACUAAUGAUAUUCAUGAAGGGGGAUCGCAAUGCUCCACGCUGCGGCUUCUCCAAACAGCUGAUUGCUAUUGUAAAUGACACUAGCUUGCCUUAUGAAACCUUUGACAUCCUAAGUGAUGAGGAAGUACGCCAGGGCUUGAAGACCUACUCCGACUGGCCCACAUACCCCCAGGUGUAUGUAAAGGGUGAACUGAUUGGUGGCCUGGACAUUAUAAAGGAACUGCUGGCCAACAAGGAGCUUGAAACCACCCUCAAGGGUUAGACGCACGGCCUUUCCAUUAGACUCUUCAACAUCAGGAACAAUGACUUUUAUAUAAUUUAAUAAAAGAAUUGAACAAAAUACUUUUGAAA